UUCAGUGUGCAUUCGGAUCUAGUCGGAACGAUAUCAAGCCGAGACUAAAAGGAUAUAUCAACUCGAUAAACGAACAUAUCCUGUAGCGCAAACUCAAAACAACUAAAACAAGAUCCUUCAAGGGAUAUACGGUGUCAAACAAAAGCUACAAGAUAAAAUUAAUCCGAUACCAAUACGACACUGAACCAAAUAAACAAAAUGGGCAGCAAAAAAAGGGUGGACCAGUCGACCGCGCAAGGCAAUGGAGCUGCCAGUAGAGUGGGCGAUAUUGUCAUAUCGGGAAUGUCGGGCAAAUUUCCGGAGAGCAGCAAUGUGGAGGAGUUCAAACAGAACUUACUUAACGGCAUUGAUAUGGUUACUGACGAUCCGCGACGCUGGGAGGCAGGCAUAUUUGGCUUACCAGAGCGGAUGGCCAAAAUGAGAGAUGAGGAUUUGGAGAAAUUUGAUGACCAAUUUUUUAGCGUACACCAGAAGCAGGCGGAGCUGAUGGAUCCGUGCAUGCGAAUGCUGCUGGAGCUGACACACGAGGCCAUCAUUGACGCGGGCAUCAAUCCGUCAGAGCUGCGCGGCACUCGCACCGGCGUCUACAUUGGCCUCUCCUUUGUCGAGACGGAGCACGAGAUACCCAACAUGGAGCCCAGCAGCAUCAAUGGCUACUGCCUGACGGGUUGUGCCCGUGCCAUGUUCGCGAACCGCAUCUCCUACACGUUCGACUUCAAGGGCCCCAGCUUCAUUGUCGACACUGCCUGCUCCAGCUCCCUGGUGGCGCUCUCUCACGCCUACACGGACAUGCGUGCCGGACGCUGCGAUUACGCUCUGGUGGCCGGCGUCAAUCUUAUACUGAAGCCCAUCUUUGCCUUGCAGUUUCUGCGUCUGGGCAUCGUUAGCCAGGAUGGCGCCUGCAAGACGUUCGAUGCGGCCGCAAAUGGAUACGCCCGAGCCGACACCUGCGCCGUGGUAUUCCUGCAGCGCAGUGAGCAGGCGAAGCGCAUCUAUGCAUCCAUUCUGAAUGUGCGCACCAAUACGGAUGGCUUCAAGGAGCAGGGCGUCACCUUUCCGGACGGCCGCAUGCAGCAUCAGUUGCUCAAGGAGACGUACAGUGAGAUCGGGCUCAGUCCCGACGAGGUGGUCUAUGUGGAGGCCCAUGGCAGCGGUACGCCCGUGGGCGAUGAUCAAGAGGCCAACAUGCUGAGCAACUUCUUUUGCCAUCCUGCGCGCCCCAGUCCCCUGCUAAUUGGCUCCGUCAAGUCCAACAUGGGCCACGCUGAGCCCGCCUCGGGCGUGAGUGCACUGGCCAAGAUGAUCAUUGCGAUGGAAGAGGGUGUUAUACCCAAGAACUUGCACUACCACACGCCAAAUCCCGCCGUACCAGCCCUGGUGGAGGGCCGACUCAAAGUGACGGACCGCAAUCUGCCCUGGCAGGGCGGCAUUGUGGGCCUCAAUUCGUUUGGCUUUGGAGGCGCCAAUGCUCACGUAAUUCUCAAGUCGCACGAGAAGAAAAAAAAGCUGAGCACAAAGCCGAAGGAUCCUUUGCUGAAGCUCGUCACCUGCUCCGGUCGCACCGAACAGGCUGUGCAGCAGCUCUUGGAGGCAGCUGCGAAGCACCGGAACGACGAUGAGUUCUUGGCGCUGAUCAAUGACAUCCACUCGCAGCCCAUUCCACUGCAUCCCUAUCGCGGCUUCUCUGUGCUAGGCCCGACCGGCAUCGUCAAGCAGGAGGUGCUGCCCUAUGAAGAGGAACAGCGACCCAUUUGGUUUGUCUACGCUGGCAUGGGCAGCCAGUGGGCCAGCAUGGCCAAGGAUCUAAUGCAAAUCGAGGUCUUCAACAAAUCCAUUCAGCACUGCGCCGAGGUACUCAAUCAAAUGGACUUUGACCUGAUAGAGGUUCUCACGCGCUCUACCGAGCGAACUUUUGACAACAUGUUGUACUCCUUCGUCUCGAUCGCUGCGGUUCAAGUGGCUUUGACGGACUUACUCAGAACGCUGAACAUAAAGCCAGAUGGCAUUAUAGGUCACUCGGCAGGUGAGCUGGGCGCCGCUUAUAUGGAUGGAUGCCUGACAGCCGAGCAGACGGUGUUGGCCGCUUACUGGCGUGGCAAGAGCGUCUUGGACACGCCUGGAUUGCCGAAGGGCAAAAUGGCAGCCGUGGGACUGAGCUGGGAAGAGAUAGGCCAGCAUCUGCCAUCGGACUGCUAUGCUGUGUGCCACAACAGCGAGGACAACUGCACGGUAUCGGGACCCGUUGAGUCCAUGGACGCAGCCAUUCAAAAGCUGAACGCCGAGGGCAUCUUUGUGAGAGCUGUGGAGUCGGGUGGCUAUGCCUUCCAUAGCAAAUAUAUUGCGGAUGCUGCGCCAAUGCUGCGUAAGAAUUUGGAACGUCUGAUCACAGAGCCCAAGCUGCGCUCCAAGCGUUGGCUGAGCACCAGCGUCCUGGAGCGGGACUGGGAGACACCGGCAUGCCGCAUGGCCUCGGCUGCAUACUUUAUCAACAAUCUGAUUUCACCUGUGCUGUUCCAUGAAGCCAUUCGCCACAUACCCGAGAAUGCGCUGAUUGUGGAAAUCGCUCCGCACGGACUCUUCCGCUCCAUACUGCGUGCGCUCGGACCGAGGAUAAGCUACGUCAGCCUCAUGCAACGGGGUCACGCCAACAAUGCGGAGUUCCUGAUGGCUCAGAUUGGUCAGCUCUAUGCAGCCGGUGGUCAGCCCCAAUUGCUAAGAAUGUCCCCGUCGAAGGCAAUCAGCUAUCCCGUCUCUCGAGGCACACCCAUGCUCAGCUCCCUGAUAGGCUGGGAUCACACGCAGAAAUGGAGCUAUCCCAAGUUUCAAGGCGGUCGCCAGUCGAGCCAGCUGAGCAUUGAGCUGGACCUGAGCAAGGAGGAGCACGCCUUCCUGGCUGGACACACCAUCGAUGGCCGUAUACUCUACCCCGCCACGGGAUACCUAACACUGGCCUGGAUGAUGCUGGCCCAGCAGCAGGGCUGCGACUACCAGCGUACGCCCGUCGUCUUUGAAGAUAUUGUGUUUCAUCGUGCCACCAUUCUUGGCCUGGAGGCGAGCGCAGCGAUCAGGUUGGCGGUGAGCUACUUCCAGGGCAGCAGCACCUUCGAGAUCUGCGAGGGCAGCAGCCUGGUGGCAUCGGGCAAGAUGCGACUCGUGGCCAAUGGGCAGGAUUUGCUGCUAAAUCUGCCCACACUACCAGGCAGCGCGGGGCUAGCCAAACUCUACACCAAGGAUGUCUACAAGGAGAUGCGACUGCGCGGCUACGACUACAGCGGCAUCUUCCAGGGCAUCCUGGAGCUUGACAAUUCGGGCGUCGUUGGCCGUCUGCAGUGGGCGGACAAUUGGAUCAGCUUCAUCGACACCAUGCUACAGUUUCGCAUACUCAGCAACAACACGCGUGAGCUGUACGUCCCAACUGGCAUCGAGCGCGUGGUCAUCGAUCCCGUCAAACACUUGGAGCUAGUCAAGCAACACCAACAGAAACUCCCGGCCUACUGGCAUCGCAACAUCUCCGUGGUCAAGUGCGGCGGGGUUGAGGUACACAAAAUAAAGACGGCGCAGACCCAACGUCGCUCGGGCAGCCAGAAUGCACCCAGUCUGGAGCGCUAUUGCUUUGUGCCGAAUGUGCAGCUGAUAGAUCCGCGCGGCGAUCAGCAAAAUGCAAAGAUCCAGGCCCUAACCGUGGCCAUGCAGCUGAUCAUCGAGAACAGCGGCGGGGCAAUCAAAAUCAAGGGCGUCGAGGUGGCCGGCAGUCGCACAGAGAACCUAAAUGCUGUCAAGCUGCUGGAGCUCGUUGAACGUGAACCAAUCCUGGUAGGUGACAUCGCCGUAGCCACCAACAGCAACAACAAUGAAUCAGCGCUGACUGAGCUACUAAAAUCUUCCGGAGUUCGUAUCGUUGUCGCAGAUCUGGCCAAGGCUGCUGUGGAGCGGCAGUGCGACUUUUUGUAUGCCGUGGACUUGUUCAGCACCGACCCGACAUCAGCAGAACUUCAGCUACUCAAUUGCAUCGAUACGAUUAAAGCUGAGAGCGGAUUUCUUCUGCUGGAGGAAAGUGUUAGUGCUUACAAGGCCGGCGGGCAGGCCCAGCUCAAAGGACUACAAAUAUUACCUAUUUUGGAGCAGAUCUACGACAGCGAUCGCAUGCUGAUCCUGGCCAGGAAAGUAGUCGAAAAGGACUUCACCAGCUCGCCAAUCGUACGCGUCUCGAACGACAACUUCAAAUGGAUCGCCAAACUAAAAGCUGCGCUAAGCAAAUCACAAUCGGAACAGACUAACGUCUAUGUCGUAGCGCAGGGAGAUCCACGCACUGGAGCUUUGGGCUUUAUAAACUGCCUAAAGAGAGAACUGAUUGGCUACCGCAUUCGCCUGUUCUUACUGCAAGACCCCGAAUCUCCCAAGUUCUCUUUGAAGGAUCCCUUCUUUGCCGAUCAAAUUACCAAGGACUUGGCCAUCAAUGUGUAUCGGAAUCGUGCCUGGGGCACCUACAGACACCUGCCGCUGAAUUCACAUCAGCCGCUACUAACUGUGGAGCAAGCCUAUGUCAACACUCUGAUCAAGGGAGAUCUGUCCUCACUGAAGUGGAUUGAAAGCCCUCGCAGCACAAAUGUGGACCUUGACAAAUGGGAGCCUUGCACGGUAUACUUCGCUCCCCUGAACUUCCGAGAUAUCAUGCUGGCAUCCGGUAAACUAGGUGUUGAUGCCCUACCCGCCGACUUGGCGCACCAGGACUGCGUGUUGGGUCUAGAGUUUGCUGGACGCGAUUCACGGGGUCGUCGCAUCAUGGCGAUGGUCACUGCCAAGUCUUUGGCCACGAACUGCUUGGCCAAUAAGAAUCUUCUCUGGGAUGUGCCCGACAACUGGACCAUGGAAGAGGCCUCUACAGUUCCCUGUGUUUACUCCACUGUUUACUAUGCUCUGGUCGUGCGCGGACAAAUGAAGAAGGGCGAGCGCAUUCUCAUCCAUGCCGGUUCCGGCGGAGUGGGCCAGGCCGCCAUCUCUGUGGCUUUGCAUCAUGGCCUGACUGUCUUCACCACGGUGGGCAGCAAGGAGAAACGCGAAUUCCUGCUGAAGCGCUUCCCGAAGCUGCAGGCGCGCAACAUUGGCAAUUCCCGUGACACUUCGUUCGAGCAAAUGAUAAUGAAUGAAACGAAUGGAGAAGGUGUUGAGUUGGUUCUCAAUUCCCUCUCCGAGGAGAAGCUUCAAGCUUCAAUCCGUUGCUUGGCCCUCAAUGGCCGCUUCUUGGAGAUUGGCAAAUUCGAUCUGAGCAACAACAGCCCCUUGGGCAUGUCUGUGUUCUUGAAGAACACCUCGUUCCAUGGCAUCCUGCUUGACAGUGUCAUGGAAGGCGAGGAGGAAAUGCAGAAGCAAGUGGUAUCACUUGUUGCUGAGGGCAUUCGGAACGGUGCCGUUCGGCCUCUACCCACGACUGUCUUCACUGAUCAGGAGAUCGAAAAGGCUUUUCGGUUCAUGGCAUCGGGCAAGCACAUUGGCAAGGUUGUCAUCAAAAUUCGUAACGAGGAGCAGCAAUCGAUGCUGCCCAAGCAGCGACUCACCAACGCCAUACCCCGCACCUACAUGCAUCCAGAGAAGAGCUACAUUGUCGUUGGCGGCCUGGGCGGCUUUGGUUUGGAGCUCACCAAUUGGCUGGUGAGUCGUGGAGCACGCUACAUUGUCCUGAACUCACACUCGGGCCUAAGGACCGGCUACCAAUCCCUGAUGAUCCGCCGCUGGCACGAGCGUGGCGUACGCGUAAUCAUCGACAUCAACGAUGUCACCACGGCGGUGGGCUGUGCGAAGCUGUUAGAGAGUAGCAACAAAUUGGCAUUGGUCGGGGGCAUAUUCAAUCUGGCCGCAGUACUCAGAGAUGGGCUCUUCGAAGAGCAAACGGUGAAGAACUUUGAGGUGGCGACGGCACCCAAGGUACUGGCCACAAUGCAUCUGGAUCAGUGCUCGCGCAGCAUGUGCCCGGCCCUGGAGCACUUUAUUUGCUUUUCAAGCCUGGCCUCGGGACGCGGCAAUCCUGGUCAGACAAACUAUGGUCUGGCGAACUCAUCCAUGGAACGCAUCUGCGAGCUGCGCCAGGCCGAGGGCUAUCCCGGCAUUGCCAUCCAAUGGGGCGCCAUUGGCGACACCGGCCUGAUCAUUGAGCACAUGGGCAACAAUGACACCGUGGUGGGCGGAACUCUCCCGCAGCGCAUGAGCAGCUGCCUGCAGACCUUGGAUGCAUUCAUGCAGCAGCCACACCCAGUGCUGGCAUCCAUGGUGCUGGCUGAGAAGCGCAAGACGGAGCAAUCGAAUCGCCAGAGCCUCAUAGCAACCAUAGCAAACAUAAUGGGUCUGCGGGAUGUCAACUCCAUUCCGGAUAAGACAACACUCUUUGAUCUGGGCAUGGACUCGCUUAUGAGCACCGAGAUCAAGCAGACUCUGGAAAGGAACUACGAUCUGGUUCUGUCCGCCCAGGAAAUUCGCCAGCUAACCUUCACUGCACUUAAGCAAAUUGAUAGUCGGGAGGCGCAAGCGACGGCUUCAAGGAUCGACAAAGCUACAGCGGCGCAGACAAAUUCUGUUGCCAAGAAGAUGGGGCAGACGACCAUUUCUCAGACCGAUGAGACUCGCAAGGUAUUCGCCAAGGAAGUAUUACCACAGGAUGUGCUCGUGCGGCUGCAAUCGAAAGCGACGAAGUCCGGCAAUGAGCCAGCUGUGUUCUUCCUUGCACCCAUCGAAGGAUUCACCAUUGCCAUCGAAGCACUGGCCGCCUCACUCACCUGCCCAGCCUACGGCCUGCAGUGCACCGAGCAGGUGCCACUGGACUCGAUUGAGGCCUGUGCCGCCUACUACUUGCAGCAAAUACAAAAGCUCCAGCCCCGAGGACCUUACAACAUUGUGGGCUACUCAUUCGGUUGCCUUCUCGCCCAUGCCAUUGGCGUUGCCCUCGAGCAACGGCGCUUUGGUGUCAAGGUCAUCAUGCUGGACGGUGCUCCCACAAUGGCCAGCGGCUACGUGCAGGAGGCGAAGAAGCAAACCGACGAUCUGAACCGCCAGCAGUCCAUGACGUUGGCUUACUUUGGUGCUCUGUUGGCAGAUGUGGACUACAAUCAGUUGCUGCAGGUUCUGGAAGGUGUCGAAACAUGGACCCUCAAAUUGGACAAGCUUGCAGAAACUUUAUCGCCGCAUACUCAACAGACAAAGGACGUGAUCAAGAAAGCGGCCUGCAUGUUUAAGCAAAAGCUUCUUCUAUCCGAGAGCUACAAGGGCGCAAAGCAGCUGAACAGCGAUGUGGUGCUGAUUAAAUCGGCGGAACAUAAUGCAAUUAUGUCUCAAGAUGACUACGGUCUCAAGGAGAUUUGCAGCGCUCAAAUCGAUAUGCAUGUUGUGGCAGGAACCCAUCGAACCUUCCUCAAGGAGGCGCAAACGUUGCAAAUUAUCGAAAAGGUUUUAUGCAAGGAAACACAAUAGUUCCAUGCUUUAUAUGUUAAUAAUAAUUUUACUUUAUAAUAUAUGCAAAUACAUAAU